GCAACAUGGCAGCAGCCAUGGAAACUGAACAGCCGGGCCUUGAAAUCUUUGAAACUGCAGGCCCUGAGGAGCAGGUCCAGAGGGAGGAGCAGUCAAAGCUGGAACCUUUCUAUGUGGAGAGACACUCCUGGAGCCAGCUCCGGAAACUGCUCACGGAUACACGGAAGUAUCAUGGGUACAUGAUGGCAAAAGCCCCUCACGACUUCACCUUUGUCAAGAAAAAUGAUCCUGAAGGACCUCAUUCUGAUAGGAUCUACUAUCUGGCCAUGUCUGGGGAGAACAGGGAGAACACGCUCUUCUACUCUGAAAUUCCCAAAACCAUCAACAAAGCUGCUGUCUUGUUGCUUUCCUGGAAGCCUCUUUUGGAUCUCUUUCCGGCUGUCCUGGACUAUGGGAUGUACUCUCGUGAGGAAGAGCUGCUGCGGGAGAGGAAGCGGAUCGGCACUGUCGGGAUCGCCUCCUACGAUUACCACCGGGAAAGCGGCACCUUUCUGUUCCAGGCUGGGAGUGGGAUUUAUCACGUGAAAGAUGGAGGCCCUCAUGGAUUCACUCAACAGCCUUUAAGACCCACUCUGGUAGAGACCAGUUGUCCAAAUAUCCGGAUGGAUCCCAAGCUUUGUCCAGCUGAUCCAAAUUGGAUUGCAUUUAUCCAUAGCAAUGACAUCUGGAUAGCUAAUAUAGAAACCAGAGAAGAAAGGAGGCUAACAUUUGUGCACAAUGAACUGGCAAAUGUUGAGGAGGAUCCAAAAUCUGCUGGGGUGGCUACUUUCGUGUUGCAGGAGGAGUUUGACAGGUACACUGGCUACUGGUGGAGCCCAAAGGCACAGCCAAGUAAGUCACUGAAUGGGGAUAAAAUUCUUCGAAUUCUUUAUGAAGAAAAUGAUGAGUCAGAGGUGGAAAUUAUUCAUGUAACGUCACCCAUGCUGGAGACAAGAAGAACAGAUUCCUUCCGGUACCCCAAAACUGGUACAGCAAAUCCCAAGGUCACUUUCAAGAUGUCUGAAGUGACAAUCAAUGCAGAAGGCAGAAUUGCAGAUGUUGUGGAUAAAGAGCUAGUUCAGCCCUUCGAGAUCCUCUUUGAAGGAGUAGAGUACAUUGCUAGAGCUGGGUGGACGCCAGAAGGAAAAUACAUCUGGGCCAUCCUACUGGAUCGUUCCCAAACUCGACUUCAGAUAGUCCUGAUCCCUCCUGCAUUAUUCAUCCCCACAGAAGAUGAUGCAAUGGAAAGACAGAAACUUAUCGAUGCAGUGCCAGAUUCUGUUACACCUUUCAUUAUUUAUGAAGAAACAACAGACAUCUGGAUAAAUAUCCAUGAUAUCUUCUAUGUUUUCCCUCAAACCCAUGAAGAUGAGAUAGAGUUCAUUUUUGCCUCCGAGUGUAAAACAGGAUUCCGACACCUGUACAAAAUCAUCUCUGUUUUGAAGGAGAGCAAGUAUAAGAGGUCGUGUGGAGGCCUCCCUGCUCCAAGUGACUUCAAGUGCCCCAUCAAAGAGGAGACAGCAAUUACCAGUGGGGAAUGGGAAGUGCUUGGCAGGCAUGGAUCCAAUAUCUAUGUUGACGAAGGCAAAAAACUGGUAUAUUUUCAAGGCACAAAAGACUCACCUUUAGAGCAUCACUUGUAUGUUGUGAGCUACGAGGCUCCUGGGGAGGUGAAGCGGCUGACGGAGCGCGGUUACUCUCACGCCUGCUGUGUCAGCAAGGAUUGUGACAUGUUCAUCAGCAAAUACAGUAAUCAGAAGAACCCACACUGUGUGUCACUGUACAGGCUGACAGGACCUGAAGAUGAUGCAGCUCACAGGACAAAGGAAUUCUGGGCUACCAUUUUAGAUUCAGCAGGUCCUCUUCCUGAUUACAUUCCCCCAGAAGUGUUCUCCUUUGAGAGCUCCACUGGAUUUACACUCUAUGGCAUGAUGUACAAACCUCACAAUCUGCAACCUGGAAAGAAGUACCCCACUGUGCUCUUCAUCUAUGGAGGUCCUCAGGUGCAGUUAGUGAACAACCGGUUUAAAGGAAUCAAGUAUUUCCGCUUGAACACUUUGGCCUCUUUGGGCUACGUUGUUGUUGUCAUUGACAACAGGGGAUCCUGCCACCGAGGGCUGAAGUUUGAAGGAGCCUUUAAAUACAAAAUGGGACAAAUAGAAAUUGAUGACCAAGUGGAAGGGCUGCAGUAUUUAGCAUCCCAGUAUGACUUUAUUGAUUUGGACCGUGUUGGCAUUCAUGGCUGGUCCUAUGGAGGAUACCUCUCUCUUAUGGCUUUAAUGCAGAGGUCAGAUAUCUUCAGGGUCGCCAUCGCCGGAGCGCCCGUCACGCUGUGGAUUUUCUAUGACACUGGUUACACGGAGCGCUACAUGGGCCACCCGGACCACAACGAGCAGGGCUAUUACCUGGGCUCAGUGGCCAUGCAGGCUGAGAAGUUUCCUUCUGAACCAAACCGUCUGCUGCUGCUGCAUGGAUUCUUGGAUGAGAAUGUUCACUUUGCACACACUAGUAUUUUGCUCAGCUUUUUAGUGAGAGCUGGGAAACCGUAUGACUUACAGAUCUAUCCUCAGGAGAGACACAGUAUAAGGGUACCUGAGUCAGGAGAGCACUAUGAACUCCACCUCCUGUAUUAUCUGCAAGAGAACCUGGGCUCUCAUAUUGCUGCCCUGAAGGCAAUGUGACUGACCUCUGCAGACCUCUGCUCCACUGGCUGCUUCACCAAACAAGGAGAUGUAGGAAACUAGAGAAAUAUGAUGGAACGUUGCAUUUUGGUGCCUGCCACAUGUGCACAUACACACACGGAGACACUUUUUUAAAAGUAAAUUUGGUGCCAUACAGGAAAUUAAAAUAUGGUGACCUGAUAACUUUAAAGCUUAAGAUGUAAAUAAAAUCAAAUGUCUGUGGU